CAUUGUUUUCUCAUUAUUUUGCAGGCAGUCAAUGGACAAACCAAAGAACUGUGCCCUCGGUUGUGCUGCAUGCAGAAGUGCCAAAAUGGCUACGGUUUUAACCUUCACAGUGAGAAAGCAAAACCAGGGCAAUACAUCCGAUCUGUCGAUCCAGAUUCCUGUGCUGCUAAAGCUGGCCUGCGGCCUCAGGACAGAGUUGUGGAGGUGAAUGGUGUGAACAUUGAAGGGAAGAAGCAUAGUGAAGUUGUAGCUCAUAUCAAGGCCUGUGAGGAAGAGGCCAGGCUGUUGGUGGUGGAUCCAGAAACCGAUCAGUACUUCAAGAAACUUGGAAUAACUCCAACUGAAUCACAUUUGAAAGGGCCUUUGCCACAACCACUGGCAAAUGGAUCGCCGCGAACACAGGUGAAAGAAGAGCUGGAGAAUGACCCGUUUGUAGAGAGUGGAUUGAAUCUAAGUCCUACAGCAGCUGAAACCAGAGAGAAAGUGCAGGCUAAACGUAAGAACAAGAGGGCACCUCCAAUGGACUGGAACAAGAAGCAUGAAAUUUUCAGCAACUUUUAAACUGGAUGGAUUGUCCUAUUGAACAUUUCUGUACCCCUGACCUUCAAGCAGACUUAACAUCAUUCAACUUAUUUUUUUUGCCCCUCUGUAUCAGUUUGCUGGCCUGGUAGAAAAAAAUGCCUGUUAAUAUGAUCAUUAAAAGACUGUGACCAAAACCUAUUUAUGCCAGCUGCUUAUUUGCUUUGUGCUUGAGGUAUAUCUUGCAUAAGAUUUGUUGUAGCGCAGUUUUAAUCAUGCUAAAUGACUGUUUUUCCAUCAGGUUUGUUUUUUUUUGCUUAAUUUUUUUUACAAGGGCUGGGUUCUGGUUAUUGCAAUUAGCCUUCAUUACAGGACAGAAUAACUGGAUUAUUAGUCUUACUUUCUGAAGUAGAAUGUCUUUUGUGACAGUUCAAGUAUGAUUUUAUUUGUCUCGCCUAAUAGCCUCCAGUCUGCCAAUCCUUACACUCGAGCAACAUGCUGGCCUUUCUGUUAAGUGUUUAUAGAGCUGCCUGGUUAAGUGUCUUUGUUUACCUGGUCCUGUUUUUUAACACUGUGACAGGUUAUAGUUUCACCAGAUGGUGCUUGAAAUGCAGUCUUUAUUAGUUUUAAAGGAAUUUACAAAUCGUGAGGCAGGUAAGAGGGGGAGGCAUGCGGCGUAUUAUAUUCCUGAGCAUUAAAGCCUUGAUGUAAUACACUAGAUAGAGGAACCAUUUACUGCACAUAAGAAAUGUCUCAACUCUUAUUUUGUAUACUAACUGCUGUUUUAGGCAGCAUUGAAAAUAUUUUUUACAUAUUUUCCCCUGCAACAUUUUCAGUCGAUUUAUAGUGAUUGUAAUCAGUCACUAAGCGAACUGAGUUAUUUCAAGCAAUGACAAUUGAGUGCUAAUAAUAGCGAUUAAACAUUGUCUUAGCACGCACUAAAAUAUCAUUGGAUGGAGUUGGGGAGAGCGAGGUGCAUUUAAUACCAUCACUAGUUGUCUAUUAAUAAGCACAUGCCUCACAAUAGGUUUUAGAUUGAUUUUUGUUCAGAAGUAAGAUUCAUUUGUGGGUUUUAUCAACAAAAUACAAUGGUUGGAAUUAACCAAACUAACUUGAAGUAUUCAUGUUGAUCCCUGAUUGAAUACAGUAAUAAAAUCUAUUUGAAACAUGUAUUCUAAGGAUUCCUGCAGGUCGGUGCUCUAAUGAGGUGAAAGUAGUUGAACGAAUUGGUUUGAGAUUGUCAAAAAUGUAUUUGCUGCAUUGACUGAGAAUUGCAAAGGGUGGGAGGUCAAUACAUUUUGGUGUUUUAGAUUCUGGCCAGCUCUUCCUGUUUAGACUGCAUUUUCCACUACGUUACCUUUUAAAUGUUUUCUGAGAAUAGAAUAAUUCACUUUGUGUGCCUGUGUGCUCUAGUUGCAAGCGAGACCCCCUUCUGCAGCUGGCUGCAAUUCUUGGAUAAUUUUUUGUUGUUGCAAUGCUCAGCUUUUAACUUUGGACUCUUGUGACACACCAUGGCUGUCUAUUUCCAACCUUGUAUAUUUUAAUGACUCUUACUCACAAGGCCAAAAUCUAGGUGCCACAUUUUGAAUAGCUUCUACAUAUUCAAGAUAUAAAAUAAUGACAAACAUUGCAUAACACUGCUAAUGGAGGAGUCUGUAACACUGUUUGGGAUUUGCAUGGAUCUUGUAACUUUUUAGACUGAAACAACCACAAACAUUCAACAUAUCUUUGUAUAAAACCUGAAAAUGUUGGAAAACUCAGCAACUCAGGAAGCAUCUUUGGAGGGACAAAGCAGUGUUAAUAAUUCAGAAAUACAAACAUAGCCUUGGACAAACUAAACAAGAUCAGCAGCAGCUGUGGAAAGAGAAACUGUUAAAUUGGACUUGAAGCAUCAAGUUUGUUUCUGUCCACGGAUGCUGCCACACCUGCUGAGUUACUCCAGCACUUUAUUUUUAUUUCAGAAUAUCCAGCAACUGUAAUAUUUUGCAUUUAUUUUAGGGUUAAUAGUUCAAGUUGAUUACUAUCACCAUUAAAAUCUUAUAGUGGAUCAUUUGACCUGAAAUAUUUAAUGCUCUGUAUUUCUCUCUAUAGAUGCUAACUGAUCAUUUUUUUUGUUUCCGAUUUCCAGCGUUCACAGGAUUUUUAUUUUUAUUUUAUUUCAGUUUAAAAUAUUAGAAACAAAAUGAGCUGGAAAAAGUGAAAUGCUGAUUAGGAAAAUUAGAUGGUUUGUGGACUGUCGUCAGCCUUGAGAGGUGGAAAGUAUUAAUCGGCAUGAAAACCAUCUGUUAUAGGAACUGAAUAAUCUUUGCUUUCUAGCUGAAUACAUUUCAGUCAAUAAUGCAAGAUAAAUGGCUACUUGAAGGAAAGCAUGUAAACAUUUAUAUAAUCAGGCAGAUUUCUGAUACCAGUGAUUUGUGCGGUCAUUAUGUCUUAUACGUCUGGAAAUCUAGUUUGAAAACCUCAUAAGCACAUUUCAGUAACUUGUAUAAUAUGGUCUUCUGUGUAUACUGUAUAUUGUCAAUAAAUGUAUCUCAGCAUGA